GCGGCCAAGUGCAGCCGCCCACAGCGGUGACGGCCGUGGCCGCGGCCUCGCCACGUGACCCGAACGGGCGGAAGCGGAAGUGCCUGCCUGGAGCCCGCGCUAGGUGCGUGUCCCCUCGGCGCUGGCUGGCUGCCACCUGCACCAGCUAUGGACUGCUACACCGCGAACUGGAACCCGCUUGGGGACUCUGCCUUUUACCGGAAAUAUGAGCUGUAUAGCAUGGACUGGGACCUGAAGGAGGAACUGAGGGACUGCCUGGUGGCCGCUGCGCCCUAUGGGGGCCCCAUUGCGCUGCUGAGGAACCCCGGGCGGAAGGAGAAGCCUGCCAGCGCACGGCCAGUUCUUGAGAUCUACUCAGCUUCUGGUGUGCCUCUGGCCAGUCUGCUGUGGAAGAGUGGGCCCGUGGUGUCCCUGGGCUGGUCAGCUGAGGAGGAGCUGCUCUGUGUGCAGGAAGACGGGGUCGUGCUGGUUUAUGGGCUUCAUGGUGACUUCCGGAGACACUUCAGCAUGGGCAAUGAGGUGCUCCAGAACCGGGUUCUAGAUGCCCGGAUCUUCCAUACUGAGUUUGGUUCUGGGGUGGCCAUCCUCACAGGGGCCCACCGCUUCACCCUCAGUGCCAACGUGGGCGACCUCAAACUCCGCCGGAUGCCAGAGGUGCCAGGUCUGCAGAGUGCACCAUCAUGCUGGACCACAAUGUGCCAGGACCGAGUGGCACACAUUCUUCUGGCUGUAGGACCUGAUCUUUACCUCCUGGAUCACGCAGCCUGCUCUGCAGUGACACCCCCUGGCCUAGCCGCAGGAGUGAGCAGCUUCCUGCAGAUGGCUGUCUCCUUCACCUACAGACACCUGGCGCUCUUCACAGACACAGGGUACAUCUGGAUGGGGACAGCGUCUCUCAAGGAGAAGCUGUGUGAGUUCAACUGCAACAUCCGGGCUCCCCCGAAGCAGAUGGUCUGGUGCAGCCGUCCUCGCAGCAAGGAGAGGGCCGUUGUGGUAGCCUGGGAGAGGCGGCUAAUGGUGGUGGGCGACGCACCUGAGGGCAUCCAGUUCGUGCUGGAUGAGGACUCCUACCUGGUGCCUGAGCUGGAUGGGGUCCGCAUCUUCUCCCGCAGUACCCAUGAGUUCUUGCACGAGGUUCCAGUGGCCAGCGAGGAGAUCUUUAAAAUUGCCUCAAUGGCCCCCGGAGCGCUACUGUUGGAGGCCCAGAAGGAAUAUGAGAAAGAGAGCCAGAAGGCGGAUGAGUACCUACGGGAGAUCCAGGAGCUGGGGCAGCUGCCCCAGGCCGUGCAGCAGUGCAUCGAGGCCGCGGGACAUGAGCACUGGCCAGACAUGCAGAAGAGUCUGCUCAGGGCGGCCUCCUUUGGAAAGUGUUUCCUGGACAGAUUUCCACCCGACAGCUUUGUGCGCAUGUGUCAGGACCUUCGUGUACUCAAUGCCAUUCGGGACUAUCACAUCGGGAUUCCCCUCACCUAUAGCCAAUACAAGCAGCUCACCAUCCAGGUGCUGCUGGACAGGCUUGUGUUGCGGAGGCUUUACCCCCUGGCCAUUCAGAUAUGUGAGUACCUGCGGCUUCCUGAAGUGCAGGGCGUCAGCAGAAUCCUGGCCCACUGGGCCUGCUACAAGGUACAACAGAAGGACGUGUCUGACGAGGAUGUUGCUCGUGCCAUUAACCAGAAGCUGGGGGACACACCUGGUGUCUCUUACUCUGACAUUGCUGCACGAGCCUAUGGCUGUGGCCGCACGGAGCUGGCCAUCAAGCUGCUGGAAUAUGAGCCACGCUCUGGGGAACAGGUUCCCCUUCUCCUAAAGAUGAAGAGGAGCAAACUGGCGCUAAGCAAGGCCAUCGAGAGUGGGGAUACUGACCUGGUGUUCACGGUGCUGCUGCACCUGAAGAAUGAGCUGAACCGAGGAGACUUUUUCAUGACGCUUCGGAACCAGCCCAUGGCCUUAAGUUUGUACCGACAGUUCUGUAAGCAUCAAGAGCUAGAGACGCUGAAGGACCUUUACAAUCAGGAUGACAACCACCAGGAGCUGGGCAGCUUCCACGUCCGAGCCAGCUACGCUGCAGAGGAGCGUAUUGAGGGGCGAGUCGCAGCUCUGCAGGCGGCAGCCGACGCAUUCUACAAGGCCAAGAAUGAGUUCGCAGCCAAGGCCACAGAGGAUCAAAUGCGGCUCCUACGGCUGCAGCGACGCCUAGAAGAUGAGCUGGGGGGCCGGUUCUUAGACCUGUCUGUACACGACACGGUCACCACCCUCAUCCUCAGCGGCCAAAACAAGCGUGCGGAGCAGCUGGCACGUGACUUCCGCAUCCCUGACAAGAGGCUCUGGUGGCUGAAGCUGACCGCCCUAGCAGAUCUGGAAGACUGGGAGGAGCUAGAGAAGUUUUCUAAGAGCAAGAAAUCACCCAUCGGCUACCUGCCCUUUGUGGAAAUCUGCAUGAAACAACACAACAAAUAUGAAGCCAAAAAGUAUGCUUCCCGCGUGGGUCCCGAGCAGAAGGUCAAGGCCUUGCUUCUCGUUGGGGACGUGGCUCAGGCUGCAGACGUUGCCAUCGAGCACCGGAAUGAGGCAGAGAUGAGCCUCGUAUUGUCCCACUGCACUGGAGCCACAGAUGGGGCCACGGCUGACAAGAUUCAGCGGGCCCGGGCUCAAGCCCAGAAGAAGUGAGGGGCCUACCUGCUCAUCUCCGCAAGCCCUGGGCCUGGCAGAAGUGUCACUGCUCAUCUAGCUCUUACCCCAGAGCAAAGCCCGAAGAGCUGGGGUGAGAAUGAGGGUUCUGGUUGUAAAUAAAGUCGAAACAUUUUA